GUUACCUACAUGUCUGGUUUAUGCGGUCAUUCACUAACAGGGAUUUAGACUCUAAGUGCGGCUGCAUAAGUGCCAUUUUAUGUUUGACAAGAUCUGUUUAUAACCUAAUGGGACACUUCAGUGCUGCACCAGAGCGAGCCUCAGAGUGCUUCUGUUCAGCCCUCUUACAGGCAGUCAAAGUUUUUUAGUUUCAGUAAUGUGAUGUAGUGAAGUAGAAUAUGUGGGCGGAGUUAAAUCAAGUUCAGAACAUGUGAUUGGAUCACUCAAAGGUCGAUGCUGUCUUGGAUGCGUCCUUCCUGUCGAGCUUUAGACGCCAAGUUGGAGAACCAGACAACAGGAAUCCAGUACUUCAGGGUGAUGAAAACAUUGAGAACCAGGAUGAAGAAAUGAAGCGGAGUGAGACGUCUUCGUUUCUGUGUAAUGUGUCUUCUGCGCAGCCGCACACUGAGAUCUUCCCCUCCAGCGGAUCAUCCGUGAGGAGACCCCGUGUUACGAAUGCGGCUCUCCCGCCACUGAGCGCUGCUCUGCGGUCAGUUUGAUGUCGGCUCUCGGCUUUCUCCGUGAGUUGUCGGCUGCUCUCGGACCGCCGCUGCUGCUCCGCCCCGGAGGAACUGUUCGUUUGGCGGUAAAAUCAAGUGCGAGCAGACAGAGACACAACGGCAGAAACAUCGUAAACAGGCCGUGCUCUCAGACGCUCUCGGGGUUAAAGGUGAGGUGCGGAAGGAGCGACGGCUGUUUCUGAUUGGUCAGACCAGAGUUCACCUGGACUCAGUGGAGGGACUGGGAAACUACAUGGAGCUGGAGGUGGUGAUGCGUCCAGAGCAGACAGUUGAAGAGGGACAGCAGGUGGCCGAGGAUCUGAUGGAGAAGCUCGGUGUUUCAAAGGAGAGUCUGGUGACGGGAGCGUACAUGGAUCUUUUACUGAAGGGACACAAAGAGACGUAAAACAAACGCACCUCUGGAGACCGACCAGAGCCGAAUAUAGUGAAACAUAACAGACCAAACUGUUCCGGAGUAGAAAACACACAAACCUUAACACUGACCGUACCAUGUAACCACAGUAUUAUGUAGUAAUCAGAUUACAGUAAUCAGAGUACUGAUUGUUAUAGGAUCUGAUGUUUGUAUUUAGUUUCUGUGAAAUAUUUCACUGGUUGAAUGUGAUGGAUGAUUAUGAAAGUCUUUUUCUAAAUAAAUGAACUCAAACACA